AUGACGGACGUGGAGAUGAAAGAAGCGGCCGGAAGCUCCGACAAGGCCAAGGCUGUGUCGAAGGCUUCAGAAGGCACCAGUGACGGCAAGAAGCGGUUUGAAGUCAAAAAGUGGAAUGCGGUGGCGCUUUGGGCCUGGGAUAUCGUCGUGGACAACUGUGCGAUUUGCCGGAACCAUAUCAUGGAUCUAUGCAUCGAAUGCCAGGCAAACCAGGGUUCCUCUACAACCGAAGAGUGUACUGUUGCUUGGGGUAUCUGCAACCAUGCGUUCCAUUUCCAUUGCAUAUCUCGCUGGCUAAAGACCCGUCAAGUAUGCCCGCUGGACAACCGGGAUUGGGAAUUCCAAAAAUACGGCCGCUAA